UGCAUCAGAUGUGAAUACAUCCCAUUUCCAUUUCAAUUUGGUACCAUAUAAUAUCUCCCCUCAAGUGUUAAGAAAGUGUUAUUAUAUCCUUCCCAUCGGUACCUACUUCUCGUCAGGAACACAACGAGGAACACCAGUGGAUGUAACCUUCAAGGUUAUCUUGUUACUCCAUACACAUUUGCCGUUGAUCGUCCUUGUCUCAAGUUUAUCGAUAACCUAUCUAGCACGUCUAGGUAGUGUCCAGUACAAGACGUGGACCAUCAGACCCAGUCAUUAGCCACACAUACGUGCGAUUACAAUGUACUUUGCCAUUCACUCUUAUGACGAAGCUUCCUUUUCCUUGCCCAAAUCUCCAAUCACUAUCUUGGCAAUUUAGCUAGCACAGCCCAUUUUAUCAGAAGCUUUUCCUGCCCAUGUACGUAGGUACUAAUCACUUAUAAUACAAUUAUCAUCGCCAUCGCAACUGCAAUCGCAUUACUCCGACAAAAGCUUCAGGUCCACAUCAGAUCAUGCAUCAAGCAUGCAUCGAACUUCUUCGACUAAGGUGUUAUCCCGCCCACCCAAACGUUCCAAAUAUAAUUUUCGAGCCUUCUAUCUUACUAUAUUGAUCAUUUCAUUGUUAGCUGUGAUAAGUCUUGUCGCAGAUCAAAGCGCGAAAUAUCGUUACGGUUCUCAAUAUGGUGUGGCACAAAAACGAGCAUUGGAUGCGCUGGACAGUAGAAGACUUGUGAAACGGGACGAAGAGUGUCGUCUUGUCCACCAUGCCGAAGAUAAAUGCCAAUUCAUAUUGGCGAAUUGCCCCGAUGAAACUGCAGGACUCCUCAAUUACCUUUCGCUUUACUAUUGCAAGCUACCAACAGCUAAGCCCUUAGCUUUCACCGUUCUCAUAUUAUGGCUUGGACUAUUAUUCUCGACAAUCGGAAUCGCUGCGAGCGAUUUCUUCUGUAUCAAUCUAUCAACAAUCGCGAGCAUAUUGGGUAUGAGCGAGAGCAUGGCGGGCGUAACAUUCCUAGCCUUUGGUAAUGGUAGUCCGGACGUAUUCUCGACGUUUGCCGCAAUGGGUUCGCACAGUGGCAGCCUUGCGGUGGGCGAGCUCAUCGGAGCAGCUGGAUUUAUUACUGCAGUUGUCGCAGGAUCUAUGGCUUUAGUCAGGGAAUUCAAGGUUGGUAAAAAGACAUUCGUAAGGGAUAUUGGCUUCUUCAUAGUUGCAGCAAGCUUCAGUAUGUUAUUUCUCGCAGACGGUGCUCUUCACUUGUGGGAAUGUUUUGUGAUGAUUGGGUUUUACCUUUUCUACGUGGUGAUAGUGGUUAUGUGGCAUUGGUAUCUGGGAGGACGGCGACGUCGUCGUGAAAGAGAGGCCGCAGCUCGUGGUCAGUACUUGGCAAUGACAAAUGAAGAGAUAGAGGUUACCGAGGAAGAUGGAGAUGAUGAGGAUGCGCCAGCAGGAGAGAGAGACUCCCGUGGCAAUGAAGAUUUUGCGGCAUUGGAACGUGGCUCUAGUCCUCAUCCACGAGUGCCUGAAAAUGAAGAUAGUGACGAGGACGGAGAUGAAGGGAGAUACAUUGCUGUAGAGGUGGCUAGCAAUAUGCGAGUGAUACGACCAUCCGGUAGCCGGAGAAAUACUUUAACUCCCAUUCGUCCUAGUUUGGUGGGUGCUCUAGAGUUUAGGUCGGUUCUAUCAUCUUUGCAAAAAUCUCGAGGUUCCCAUGGCCCGCCCAUAAAUUUGCGACGAUAUUCAGAUGACCCAUCGACAUCACUUGACUACAUCAGGUCAUCUGCAACAACAUCAGCUCCGGCUUCGGAAUAUGCCUUGAGCAUAAAUCCUAUUGAGAGUGGUGAAAACGAUACACAGCGCCCUAAGCUAGACGCAGUACGCAGUAGAGCCGUCUCUAUGAACGCUGCGUCAGCCCUCAAGCCUCCGGACCCCGCAGCAUUCACCGUCGCAGAUGUGCCGGACAUUGGUAUAAUGGCAGCCACCCCAACUUUUCCUCAGCUCCUAAGAGUUCCGUCACCAUGCCCCAGAUCGCCCACAGUCUCUAUCUCGCCUCCUCCGUCUUUUGAUGGAUCACGAAGCGACAGACUAUUCACAAACAGCAUAUCGCGAUGGAAUGACGAUUUAUUGGCACCACCUGGGAAUGAAUCUCCAGCAGCAUCACCCCGGCAUCCCCGUUCACCAAGCCUAGACCCUGUAAGUUCACAGGCAAACUCUACUAGAUCACGAACAGUACAACGACCUCAGCUUCAAAUCCCAACCUCAUCAAGAGAUAGCUCGCGAAACCGGACACAUUCACCAAUAUUACCAUUUCCUAUCUACAUGGACUCUCCACUUUUGUUGUCAGGGAAUAGUUCCAAGGCUCCCAGUAUCCUGCUGCCAGAUUCCGAAAUCACACCCGAGUCAGUUAAUUUGGAGCACGAGUUGUACUGUCCGGAGAGGCCAAUAAGAUGGUGGCCAUAUCGCAUAUUACCCAGCCCACAAAUCGUACUUUCAGCUCUAUUUCCUACACUAUGCACGUGGAGAGAUAAGAGCGGAUGGGAUAAAUUUAUUAGUGUUAUUUCGGCCCCUAGUAUCUUUCUUUUGGCAAUCACAUUGCCAGUGGUUGAGUCAGAAUCAAAAGACCAGGAAGAGAUAAGCUCCAUUGAUCAAAGGAGGGAAUCAGGCACAUCAAGGAGAAAUACCGGCCCAUCGCUGAUCCCGGAUAGCCCAUCAUUUAUUUCAGAAGCAGGAUCCGAAUGGGUAGAAUACCAACGGAGUCGACGGAACACACAGACCGAUGAUUGUCCUCGGUCACCUAUUUCAGAUUUUGGUCAACACAAUACCGCGGCGGUAGCCAUCUCGGCUGAGCGCCAUCAUCCUCAUUCGCAUCAAAUUCCCACGUCGCCCACCAAAAAUAUCAGACCGUCUCACGAGGAUGCGAUUCAUAGCGGGCCGGGGAUGGAACAUCCUAGAGACUGGAACCGCUGGCUUGUCGUGCUUCAAUUGUUUACAGCUCCACUUUUUGUGGUAUUCAUAUUUUGGGCUAACAGUGACGAUGGUGACUCGAAGUCGCUCAUACGUCUGGUUUUGUAUUCCAUUCUCGGAUCUUUGGUAGCAUUUUCCAUUCUCGUAUUAACAACAACCCAUUCGAGGCCCCCUAAACAUCGAUUCGUACUUUGUUUCCUCGGUUUUGUCGUUGCCAUUGCUUGGAUUUCCACCAUUGCCAACGAAGUUGUCGGAGUUCUCAAAGCAUUUGGUGUCAUUUUAGGCAUCUCAGAUGCGAUACUUGGCCUUACGAUCUUCGCUGUUGGCAAUUCAUUAGGAGACCUCGUCGCCGAUAUCACAGUUGCCAGAUUAGGAUAUCCUGUUAUGGCAUUGAGUGCUUGCUUUGGGGGACCGAUGCUAAAUAUUCUCAUUGGAAUUGGCGUUAGUGGCGCAUACAUGACAAUUAAAGAGGCCAACCACAAACAUCACAAGCAUCCAAACAAAGAUAUCAAAUAUAAGCCAUACGAGAUUGAAGUCAGUGGUACACUAAUGGUCAGCGCCAUCACUUUGCUGAUCACGUUAGUCGGACUUCUCAUUGCAGUACCGAUGAACAAAUGGAUAAUGAGUAGGAAAAUUGGAUGGGGUUUGAUUAUUCUCUGGUCCAUCAGUACAAUGAUUAAUCUUGCCGUAGAGGUUAGUGGAGUUUGGGGCGAUAAUUUGGACCUGUCUACCUUCUUUUCAUAAGAUUGAGGAUAUUUUUGAUGUAGAUGAUGAAUUAUGUUUAAUAGUAGAAAGAUAAGGGGGUAGAGUUGUACUAUACCCGGAAUAUAUAGGCUGCUUUUUUGGUAUGAUUUUAAUGGCUAUGUUAUUUCCCAAUA